AUGGGGAGUGCGGAGCUCCACGACUGCUCACCCUGCAACAACCUCCGCAUCCUCCGGCGACUCUCCAGCCGGGAGCUCCAGCCCCCAGCCGGUUUCUUCCACCACCGCUGGGGGGCCGGUGGCAACGGCGGCAGCACCACCAUCCCCGCCCACGGCCGCGGAGGCUCGGGCCGGAGCUUCGGCGGCCGAGGCCACACCCCAGACAGAGGCGACCCCUCCAGCCGCAGCGGGCGGAGAGACUACCGCGGCGGCUGCCUCGGGAUCCACGAAGGGGGCACCCUCCGUAGAGCCGGCUGCGGAGGAGGGUACAACGACAGCGGGGGUAGACACAGCGGAGGUCACAGGGGCUCCCAGCUCCGGCCCCUAGCCCGUGCAGGAGGAUGUGCCGGAGGUGGUGUACGGGAGGCGCCUUCUCCCAAGCCAGGUGGAGGUCCCUCUUCCCCGCCUCCUGGUCAAGGCCCAGCGGGCUUGGAGGAGGCGGAAGUGGGCUUCCGGCAGGAGUGGGAGAAGUUGGAGGCAGAGCGCCUUUGGCUCUUCGAUUAG